UGGCGGCCCCGCCCCGGGAAAGGCGGGCCUGGCCCGGCGUAUUUGAGGCGCAGAGCCGGCCGCCGCCCAGCCUGGACGACAGCACCUCUGCCGAAGCCACCCCCGCAGCGCGCGAGCUAGUGCCGAGGCGUCGGGAAAAUGGCAGACAGUUUUUCGCUUAAUGAUGCCUUAUCUGGGUCUGGAAACCCAAACCCUCAAGGAUGGCCUGGUCCAUGGGGAAACCAGCCUGCUGGGGCAGGAGGCUACCCGGGAGCAUCCUAUCCUGGGGCCUACCCUGGCCAGGUACCACCCGGCCCCUACCCUGGCCAGGGGUUACCCCCAGGGGUAACCCCUCCUGGGGGUUACCCAGGCCAGGCACCUCCAGGGGCCUACCCUGGCCCAACUGCACCUGGUUAUCCUGGACCAACUGCACCAGGUGCCUACCCUGGGCCUGGGGUCUACCCACCUCCUGGACAGCCAAGUGCUCCUGGAGCCUACCCUGCUGCUGGCCCUUAUGGCGUCCCCUCUGGACCCCUGAAUGUGCCUUAUGACCUGCCUUUUUCCGGAGGAGUCAUGCCUCGCAUGCUGAUAACAAUCCUGGGCACAGUAAAGCCCGAUGCAAACAGACUUGCUUUAGAUUUCAAGACAGGAAAUGAUGUCGCCUUCCACUUUAACCCACGCUUCAAUGAGGACAACAGGAAAGUCAUCGUUUGCAAUUCGAAGCUUAAUAAUAACUGGGGGAAGGAAGAAAGACAGACGUUUUUCCCAUUUGAAAGUGGUAAACCUUUCAAAAUACAAGUCCUGGUUGAAGCUGACCACUUCAAGGUUGCGGUCAAUGAUGCUCACUUGUUGCAGUACAAUCAUCGGGUGAAAAAUCUCGGGGAAAUCAGCAAACUGGGAAUUUCUGGUGACAUAAAUCUCACCAGUGCUUCGCACACCAUGAUAUAAAGGGGCAGAUACUUUUUAAAGAAAUGAAAUUGAAUGUAAACCUUACACAUUUAAAAGUUUCAUGUUCACUGUGAGUGAAAAAUUUUACCUUUAUUCAUCAAUGUCCUUCUUGCAAAUCAUCCAUUUAAUAAAGAGUUACCUGUCUUCACAUGUCA